AUGGCAUCAACGAUCUACCCAUCAUCCCCGCAGACUCCCCAGAUUCUGAUGCUGUCCGGGGUAGGACCUGCCAAACAGUUACGUGACCUUGGUAUCCAGGUCAAGGCCGACCUUCCCGUGGGUCAGAACCUGCAGGAUCACGUAUUCUUCUACGUGCCGAUCUCCAUCUCGCAGGAAAUCUCUGUCAAAGAGGGCGCCGUGGACACACCCUGGGCCUAUCUGCAACACGCCCUCUUCCGGUCUGGCCCUCUGGGGAGACAUGCGCAGGAGAACAUGUUCUUUACCAGCCUGUCCGAGGAGACCAAGUCGAUGGACUGGCCGGAGCUACAGAUUCUCUUCUUCUCUCGCCGAAUGAGUCGCCACAGCAUGCGAGCCGUCAGUUAUGACCCUGACCUCAUAGACGAGCUCACACCUUUCCGCGAAGCCACCCAGAACGGCUGGAUCUGCCGGCCCUCUCUGCUCCGUCCCCGCAGUGUGGGGAACCUCAGUCUGUCCAGCCGUGACCCCUUCGACGACCCCGUGAUCCACGCCAACUAUCUGGGCCGGCGAGAAGACAUGGACGUAUUGAUGAAAGGCUUGGAAAUUUGUCAGAAAGUCGUCAAGAGCAAAACCAUGGCCCAGAUCGGCUCGCGGCUGACGGAGAGCAAAUCUAUCAGCGUGUGCAGACAGCAUAAGUUUGACAGCCCCGCCUACUGGGAGUGCUACAUCCGGGCCACUCUGCUCACCAUCUACCAUCCGUCGGGGACGUGCAAAAUGGGCGGGGCUAAUGACGCAAGCAGGGUCGUAGACACUACUCUCCGUGUGAAGGGCGUGGCUGGGCUACGAGUGAUUGACGCGUCAGUGAUGCCCUUCAUCGUGUCAGCCAAUCCGCACGCGGGGAUCCUCAUGAUGGCGGAGAAGAUGGCUGACGUCAUCAGGGGGCGGGCAGCUCUGUCGCCGGAAGAUUUAGUAUAGUAUUGGUUUAUGGGAAAAUGGUAAUUGGAGAGUCUGGCACGAGCGGAUCGAGAAUCUUCUUCUUCGGUGCCCAUCGAUAUCGAUAAUGACUGGUUGGGAUUUAGAUCUAGUCAAAACUAGAAUGAUUGUGUCUUCAAUACAGUACAUAUUUUAGACAUUGGAAGUCUGAUUGCGAUAGUCUGCAAUGUCUGGUUUCGUGAGGGAUAUAAGUACAUUUCUUGUCUCCUCCUUUCCACUGUCGUCACUGUCGCCGGCCAUUUUGGACAAUCUAUGUGGGCUUCUUCCUAGGUGGUGUCAACUACGUUACAUUUAUGUGUGUGACGUUUGAAGGUAUAGAAUACGUA